AUGGGUACAAUAGGGCUGGGUAGGGAGUUAAAAUUAAGAAUUUGCUUUUAUAGGGUAUGGAUAGGGUUAGGAUUUGAUUUUAGGAUUAGGGGUAGAUUUUAGGAAUAGUGAGGUCAUAGGGAUAGAUCUUAGGGGUAGAUGUAGAUUUUAAGGGUAGAGGGAUCAUGGGGGUAGAUAUAGGGCUUAGGACAGAUUUUAGGGUUAGGGGUAGAUUUCAGUAGCAGGGGUAAAUUAUAUGGGUAAGGGUAGAUUUUAGAAAAGGAUUAGGGCUAGCUCUAGGGCUGAUGAUAGGGGUAGUAUAUGAUGUAAAAUAUGACGUAUUUUGAAGGCAUAUUUUACAAUUUAAAUUUUUUUUUCAUAAUUUGAAAAUUAAAAUUAUUUCAAAUUUAAUUUAAAAUUUCAGUUUUUUCACAAAUUUUUGCUCGAUGCACGAUAGGACAAGACUGUAAAGAUUGCGCUUUUCUGCGACUUGACCCAAAACCAUGUACAAAGAAUGGCAAUCUAGAGCAGUUUUUGUUCUGUGAUCAGCAGUUGAAGUAAGUUUGAGGGGCAUUUAAGGCUUUUAUCAGGUUAAAACUUAGUAGUUUAUAAAAAUAUUUUUGAGUUUUAGGUACUAAAUAGUCAGUAGUUUAACUUUUUUAAAAGAUUUUUUAUAUAGGUCAGGUUUAAAAUGGCAAAAAUGCAUUUUUUCUUCAAAACUUUUGAUGUUUUUUGGCCGAAAAUCUCAAAUUUUUAGUUUUUUUUGGUUUUAAACCCUCAAAACUGCCAUUUUUUAAUCGACUUUUUCAAAAAUUUAACUAAACUUGGAUUCUCCAUACCCUUAUCACUUUAAAACCUCAAUUUCAGAGUAGUCCGAACCGAUCCGACCGCUUAUUACGAGUGUUAUAACAAUGUCCUGAGGCUGGAAAGGUGUACUGAUGGUUAUGUUUUCAAUCAACCUGAACAGAGAUGUGAGCCGAGUGAAGACAGAAUUGUCAAAAAGAGAUCAAGUAAGGCUUUAUUCAUUUCAUCUUUUUAAGGUAAUAUUGGUUUGAUAUGUUACCUAAACUAUGCUGAAAAUGGCAAAAGUAGGGGAAAUUUGGGGGAAGUUAGGGUGUGGGUUUUGAAAAAAAUUUGAAUUUUUUGAAAUUUUGAAAUAGAAACCAAUGGUUUGUAUAGCUUAACUAAGGCUAUUCUUAAUUUUGUUUACUAGUUUUACUACUUUUUAUUACCUAAAAUACUAAAAAACGACUAAAAACUUUAAAAAAAUGGGCAAAAUUCCUUCCUUCACCUCCCUGUUCUCUCACCAAAUCAAAAAAAUUGAAAUUUUAAAAUUUAAAAUUUUAAAAUUAAAAAAAUUGUUAAAAAUAAGAAAUAACUUACCAAUUGUAGUGGGUGUAGCUGGAGCCUCACGUACUGGUGACAUGUGUGCCUUCAAUACGGACUGUCAAAGCGGAAUGUACUGCUUCAAUGGAGCUUGCACUUGCCUUUCCGACUAUGUGGCUAUUGCUGGGUAUUGUUGGCAAAGUAAGUCUAGGGGUAAGAGUAAGAUUACUAUGAUACUUCAGAAGUAAACCCUGGAGACUCAGGCUGUGUAGAAGACCUUCAAUGUGACGCAGUCUGGCCCGGCUCGAAAUGCUCACGUUCUGGUCUAUGCGAAUGUCCAGAACAUACAGUACCAGCCAAAACCCGUGAUGGUACUAUGUGUGUAUCAGCCGGAGUACCACCAGCCUGCCCGCUGCCAGAGCCAAUCAACGCUGAACUGCCCAAUCCAGCCACACUCCUAGCCAAUCCCAGCACUCACCCCUUAGGGCCGGACUCAUACAUGCCAGUACUGUGCUUAUCGACCUCAAGCGAGGUCAUCAACAGUAACGGUGGGGACGGCUCGACAUGGUGCAUAUACCCCGAUGGUGACAAUGACAUCUACAUUGCUGACCUCUACAACUGUGUACCACAUCAGCAGGUGACGCCCGAGUUCUUCCCCGAGUACUCCGACACCAUCGACGGUAUAUGUUGUCAUAGUCGCGCGUUUGUAUGUGUUCAGCCCAUGGAGCAAGGCGAAGAACCAAGUGUACCACGCUGGUGGUACAACUCGGUCACUGGUACUUGCUCACAGUUUUUAUGGGACCCAAAUCAAAGCGAUAACGUCUCACCCAACAACUUUAGAACGGUGGAACAUUGCGAAAGUUACUGUAGAGAUAGUAAGUGGACUUUUGGGGAAUUGGAAAUGAUUUUUGGAUUUGGGAAGGGAAAUUGCAAGGACUUUAUUUACAAAACAUAAAAUAGCAAGAACUUUCUUUACAAAACAUAAAAUGGCAAGAACUUUCUUUACAAAACAUGAAAUGGCAAGAACUUUCUUUACAAAACAUGAAAUGGCAAGAACUUUCUUUACAAAACAUGAAAUGGCAAGAACUUUCUUUACAAAACAUGAAAUGGCAAGAACUUUCUUUACAAAACAUGAAAUGGCAAGAACUUUCUUUACAAAACAUGAAAUGGCAAGAACUUUCCUUACAAAACAUAAAAUGGCAAGAACGUUCUUUAAAAAACACAAAGUUGCAAGAACUUUCUUUACAAAAGUAGAAAUAGGGAUUAUCGUAUAACUUGUCACCUGCAGACUGCAAAACACAAAAUUAGGACUUUAAAUGAAAAAAUAGCAAUUUACAAAACACUGCAAGCAAAAAACGUUGUCUUUCGUAUAACUUGUUAACCGCAGGCUGCAAAACAUAUUAUUUUUAUUUUAUGAGAAAAUGACUUUUUUACAUAACAUAAAAUGGCAAAAACUUUCUUUACAAAAUUUAAAAUUCAAUUUCAUAAAGUAUUUUUACUAAUAAUGUCAUUUCCAGCUUGUCGCCGUGGUCCAGUCCAAUUCAAUCAACAUAACCGCGCUUCCAUCCUGGAAGAGACCCCCAUAACAAAUUGCCUCCACCACGCAGGAGGCUGUGGCACAGAAUUCCAUUGUACCGUAAUUGGCUCCCACCAGCACUGUUGUCCUACAGUAGCUCACAUCUGUAGUGCAAUGGGUGGUAGAGCUCACGAUUACUCUCCAAUGGAGAACUCUGAUCGAGGCGUGGCAAUCGCCGGUUAUCGGCCGGUCAGUCGCUUCUACUAUGAUACGGAACAAGGCAGAUGCACUAGUUUUGUGUAUGAUGGAUUGGGCAACUACAACAACUUUUUCACUAAACAGGAUUGCGAGAACUUUUGCUCGAAAUGUAAGGAAGCGGUUUUGAAAUUUUGAAUUUUUUUUUAAAUUGAAAAAAAAUUAAGGUAUGGUUUGGCUUCAGUAAUUUAGAGGAUAUUAAGGUAGGGGAUAGGGUUGUGCAGGGUAGGAUCUGAAAUAAUAGAGCAGGGUAAGAUAUAGUAAGGUAGAUUAAGGUAAGAUUGAGUACGGUAGCAUACGGUAAGGUGCGCUAAGGUAAGAUAAGUUAAGAUACAGUACAGUAAGGUAAGGCAUGGUAGGGUAAGUCUAAUUAUCAAAUCCUCGCCUUAUUUCAUUGCUGGGUACUGUAGGAUACAUUAAAAAGUACGGUAGGGUUGCAAGCAAACAGUAUGGUAGGUAAUAUAGGGGGGGGGGUGGUGAUAUAGGGUAUGGCUACCAUAGUGACAGUAAAAUUUAACUGAUGAAAAGAUACAGUAUGUUGGAGUAGUGGGUGUGGUAGGGUAAGGUAGGGUAGGGUAGGGUAGAGUGGGAGAUAAUAGCUCACAUUUCUAAUUUUCAGUGGUAUGUGAAUACGGAAACCCACUACGAAUCGGCGAAGAUUGGCAGCGUUGCGAGACCAACAACGAUUGUCCUUCAACUCAUCAAUGCGAAUCUGGCCACAAAGUUUGUUGUCCAACCGCACAGAGCAUUUGUACACAACCGAAACGGUUUGGCGACUGUACCAGUAGUGUGAGAAGGUUCUGGUACAAUGCUGCUACGAGACAAUGUGAACUGUUUCAAUAUACUGGAUGCCAGGGCAAUGAUAACAACUUUGACACACUGAUGGAUUGUCAACAGAAAUGUCGGAAUAUUGCUUGUAAGUACCGUACUCAAGGCCCUACUGUAGCUUAGGCCCUACCGCACCGUAGGCCCUACCGUACCCUAGACCCUACCGUACUCAAGGCCCUACUGUAGCUUAGGCCCUACCGCACCGUAGGCCCUACCGUACCCUAGACCCUACCGUACCCUAGGCCCUACAGUACCCUAGGCCCUGCCGUACCCUAGACCCUACUGUACCCUAGGCCCUGCCGUACCCUAGACCCUACUGUACCCUAGGCCCUGCCGUACCCUAGACCCUACCGUACAUUAGGAUCUACCAUAUUAUAGACCCUAUCGUACCUUGAGCCAUAUCGUACUCUAGAGUAACACGUUUUAAAUUUUAGUAGAGCCCAAGUGCCCUCAAGGCCGUGCUCACCGUGACUCGAACGGUCACUUUUAUCAGUGUUCGAUGAAAGUGAAUGGCAAAAUGUGUCCGCCUAACUACCAUUGCUAUUUCGAUGGUACCACUCAUGGCUGUUGUCCUACCAAGGCCUACACAUGUAGUUUGAGUCCAGACAAGGGUAUUCAAUGUGGGUCGGGCAGAUCCUUUCGGUAUUACUUCAACUCUCACAAACAAACUUGUGAAAGUUUCCAAUAUGAAGGUUGCGAUGGCAACUCCAACAACUUUCAGAACGUCGAGGAUUGCCAGGAUUACUGUGGGGUCGGGGGUAGGUUUUGGUUUUUUGAAGGGUUGUAAAUGAUAUGGUAGGGGGAGGUAGGUCAGGGUAGGGUUCUUUAGGGUAUGGUAGGAUUGAUCAAGGUUGGGUUGUUUACAGUAGGAUAGAGUAAGGUAAGGUAGGAUAUGACACGGUCGGGUAGAGUAGGGUUGGGUAGUUUUAAAAUUAAAAAAAUUAUAGUAAGUUGGGGCCAGUACUGUAAUGUUGGGUAAGAUGGGGUACUGUAAUGCAACAAUAUGAUUGGGGGAAAGGAAUGGUGGAGUAGGUGUAAGAAUAUACUAUUCUGGCCUACAGUAGCAGUGUAUUGUGUUAAGAUACUGUAUGAAAGAGUUGUAUUUCUUUAGGUUCUACCGUAUCGCACACUCUACCGUACUCUAGGCUCUACUGUACAAAAAAGUUACGGUAGGACAAGAGCAAAAGUAGGGCUUGAGUAUGGGUAGAGUACAGUAGGGUAGAGUAGGGUAGGGUUGGGUAAGGUAGGGUAGGGUAGGGUAGGGUAGGGUAGGGUAGGGUAAGGUAGGGUAGGGUAGGGUAGGAUAGAAUAGGGGUAGGGUAGGGUAGGGUAGGGUAGGGUAGGGUAGGGUAGGGUAGGGUAGGGUAGGGUAGAGUAGGGUAGGGUAGUGUAGUGUAGGUUAAUAUAGUAGGUCAGGGUUGGGUAGAAAUCUUAAUUUGUUGUUUCCAGGAUGUCCAAAUGGAGGUCAACCCCUACGAGACCUACAGACGAAUCAGUUUAUUGCUUGUCAAAAUGAUGGUUCAUCUUGUCCGCAAAGUCAUGAGUGUGUUACUAUCAAUUUUAAUGGGAAUAUUGCUCACAGGUGUUGCCCUACUAAAGGUAUAGCAAUAUUUUUUUUAAUUUGAAAAUUUUUAAAAAUUUUUUGAUUUUUUAAAAUGAAUGACAAUAUUUUAGCUCACAUCUGCACAUUACCUCCACAACAAGGUAAUCAAUGCACGAAAAUGUCAAUUACAAGAUAUUACUUUAAUAUCGUCACGAAAGAGUGUGGUAAAUUCAGUUACAAUGGAUGUAAUGGCAACUUGAACAACUUUGCAUCGCCCGAUCAGUGCACAAACUUUUGUACCAGCUCUGGUGAGUAAUUAUAUAGCCCUACUUUAGCUUCAGCCCUAGCACAGACCCCUAGCCCAGAGCUCUACCCUGUCCUAGCCCUGCCAUAGACCAGAGCCAUAGCCCAGAGCCCUAGCCCAGAGCCCUAGCCCAGAGCCCUAGCCCAGAGCCCUAGCCCAGAGCCCUAGCCCAGAGCCCUAGCCCAGAGCCCUAGCCCAGAGCCCUAGCCCAGAGCCCUAGCCCAGAGCCUUACAAGGGAAGGUACUUUAAUCGCAGAUGGACUUUGAGAUGAGACCUAUAUAUUCUGAAAGCUGAAUUCACAGGUAGUACGGAUCUGAAAACCGUUUUUCUGUGCGGCUUUUAGUUUUUGAGAAAAUCGCCUUUAAAAUAUGGCAAGAAUUUUGGCGAAACGAGCGCGCCGAAAAGAAGUGCGCAAUUAAUUCAAGGAAAACAAGUAGCGGCGUGGCCGAGUGGUGAGUCAGUUUUCUUUCGGAUGUCGUUGGGGGAGUUCGAUCUCGGCCUUGUGCAAGAUUUUUGCAGCAGCUUGAAAUUAUGCAUUUUGUAUGCAAAUAUGUAAAAAAAUAAUUUUUUUUAAUUUUCUUUUCUUUGUUUUGUAAUUUUUUUAAUAAAUGCAACUUUUAAGCCAUAGAUAAAUUAAUUUUUCAAUAUAAAUCAUCAAAAUGCCCAAGCUUAUAAAAUACUGUAAAAAUUAAGUAAAAAAUAAUUUUAAGCCGCUGUAAAACUUUUGCACAAGGCUGAGAUCGAACUCCCCCAACGACAUCCGAAAAAAAACUAACUCACCACUCGGCCACGCCGCUACUUGUUUUCUUUGAAUUAAUUGCGCACUUCUUUUCGGCGCGCUCGUUUCGCCAAAAUUCUUGCCAUAUUUUAAAGGCGAUUUUCUCAAAAACUAAAAGCCUCACAGAAAAACGGUUUUCAGAUCCGUACUACCUGUGAAUUCAGCUUUCAGAAUAUAUAGGUCUCAUCCCAAAGUCCAUCUGCGAUUAAAGUAUCUUCCCUUGUUAGUUCAGAGCCUUAGUUCAGAGCCUUAGUCCAGAGCGUUAGUCUAGAGCCCUAGCCCAGAGCCCUAUCCCUGCCUUAGUCCUGCUUUAGUUUGGCCCUAGCUCUGCUCUAGCUUUAGCUCUAGCCUUAGCGCAGGAUCUAGUUAGGCCUUAGCCCUAGCUUUAGCUCUAGCACAUGUUAGCCUAGCUUUCCCUAGCCCGACUCAGCCCACAAUAGCCCAUCCUAGCCUGCCUAUACUACUGUCUCUUUAUUUUACAGUACUUUGCUUUUCACUUUAAAUCUCAUACUUUUUAUUUUUACAGCCUGUCGCCCGGGUGAAUCCACCUUCAAAGACAUAAACACCAAGAAAGUGGUGGAAUGCUCACCCAGUAUUAUGAACUCAUGCCCAUUGGACUACCAAUGUAAACAUGAUCCAUUGACCGGUCGACAUGUUUGUUGUGGCACACCGCCUUCUGACGUGUGUCCAGAAGGCGAGAAGGCCUACGUGAAUCCACUCGAUGAAUCUGUGAAGGAAUGCACGAUAAACAUGGCUGGAUCGUGCCCGGCUGACUACCUUUGUCGGUUCUCACCAUCACACAAUCGAUAUUAUUGUUGUGCUAGCCGGACUGGAAGUAGGUUUGGGGUUAUAUUAUGGUAGAGGGAGGGGGUGGGGCUUAGGGUGUUGUAUUAUACAUAGUAGAGGUAGGUAAGAAAGGUAGGGUAAGGUAGGGUAGGGUAGGGUAGGGUAGUGUAGUGUAGGGUAGGGUAGGGUAGGGUAGGGUAGGAUAGGGUAGGGUAGGGUAAUGUAGGGUAGGUUAGGGUGACUUUUAAAGUCAAGGGUAUGAUUAAAAAUGGCAUAACGACUGUUCAUUUCAGAUAUGUGCCCAGAUGGUCGAGCCCUUUACCGUACUCCAAGAACCUUCCUACCUACAAGAUGUACCUUAUCUGAGGUCCAAAACACUUGUUCAGAUGGAUUUUCAUGCCAAAGCAGAGUUGAAGGAGUACUUCAGGGUUAUUGUUGUACUAGCAAUAGUAAGUUUGAUAUUUUUUGGGUUUAAUUUUAGUAGGCUUAGGCUUUGUAGGCUUAGGCUUAGUAGGUUUAGGCUUCUAGGAUUAGCCGACUUAAGCUUAGGUUCAAGGAUUAAUUAUCCUACUAUAAAGCUAAAACAUUGUAUGUUUAUAGACUUUUAGGUAUUAAAAAUUUUAAGUUUUUCAAAGCCAAUAACGCGCAAUCUCUCGUGGUAACAUAGAGUAAGAUCCUAGCACUCGCAGUCAUUUGUUGGGUCGUUUUACAUCGAGGCAAAUAUUAUAUAAAUCCUAAAUGUUGCAUAAGAAAAAAUUGCGUAACUUCAUUUUUUGUAAUUUCUCUAAGGCUAUAUAAUGAUAUUAUUGUUAUGUAAACUGCCGCCAAAAUGACGUUUUUCAUUUUUACAGUACCAUUUCAAGCUGAAUUUUAUCGUAAUUUCGUUGUUUUGUGAAAAAUGGCGAGAACUUUCUUUACAAAACGUGAAACUGCAAGAACUUUGUUUACAGAACGUGAAAUGGCAAGAACUUUCUUUAUGGAUCAUUAAAUGACCAUAACUUGCUUUACAAAAAAUAAAAUGUCAAAAACGUUCUUUACAGAACAAAAAAUGGCAAGAACUUUCUUUACAAAACCUGGAAUGGCAAGAAUUUUUUUAAACAAUUUUUUUUAACUUCAAAGCGUAGGCUUAUUUUUAGGCUUUCAACAUAAAAAUAUUUAAAAAAAUAUUAUAAUAUAUUUUCAGACGUAUGCAAGAACGGAGCCGACUUCCUAAUCGAUGACAAAACCAAAAUGCCCCAAGUCUGUAUGCCCGGCGCCUUCGCCAUGUGCCCCUCAGGCUACCGUUGCAACAAACCUCACAGUAGCGCCUCAUCCGGCUACUGUUGCAAAGGCGAAAUCAAAGCCGUCACCGAAGGAUGUCCUCCAGGCGAGUAUGCCUAUACCAAGUCCAAAGAGAUUGUCCAAUGUGAUCCAUUCAACAUGCAAGACAAGGGUUGUCCACCUCAAUACACAUGCCAAUAUGCCAUCCAGUUCCAACGCUACCAAUGCUGUGGCAAAGAACCCAUCGACGAAGAUACCAUGGAAUCAGAAGGCAUCGACACCGGUUGUAUGCAUGACCAAGUGGCGUUCAUCAAUCAGAUAUCAAAAGAACCUCAUACUUGCACUGUCAAUGCGGAGAACCAAUGCCCGUUGGGGUACUUCUGCCAGUUCAGCGACAAAAACAAACAAUUUCAGUGCUGCGGCAAGCGGGGAGGUGAGUUUUUGAAAGUAAAUUGUAGUGGUUAUAUAUAGUUAUGUAGGCAGUGGUGGGAGCGGGAUUUUAGUCUAGGGGUGGGGGUGAGAAGUAAAAAAUUUUUUUUGCAACGGGUUACUAAUUCUUGUUUUGGAGUGGGCGGGUGAUUUUGAUUUGAGAAAAGGUAAAAAAUUUUGGGGGGUGGGGCGUGGCAAAAUUUUUUGGAGAGGGUGGAGGUCUAAAUCUUUUUUUAAGGUUGAGCAGGUGAUUUUAGUCUGGAGACGGAGUAAAAAAAAUUUUUUUUUGGUGGGGUGGGGUUUAAAAAAAUUUUUUUGAAGUAGGGGGGGGUAAGGUAAAAUUUUGUUUGUAAAUGUGAAAAGGUAGGGAGGGUCUGAAGUCAUUCAUUUUUCAAAAAAUGUCAUUUCUGGCCACACUUUUUAUUUUUUUAGAUCUCUUAUUGUGCAUGAUUGCACGGUGCAAAAGUGAACAUUAUGUAGGCUGAAUUGUGCGGUCGCGCACUGUCAGAGCGUUUUUAUUAUGGGAAAAUGGGUAAAAAGCGGGAUUUUUUUUAAAAUGGGUAAAAUUAAAACUGACAUGAUGAUGUGAAAGCUGUUUUUUGAAAAUUUUUCAAAUUUUUCAUUACAGUUCAUGAGUGCAACAGUGAAAAAUAUAGAAUGCACGGUGCAGUCGUGCACUGUGAGGUUUUUUAUGAAAAACAAAAGGAAUGACAAAGUUUAUUGAGGGUAAAACAAUUUUAAGCUAAUUUUAAAUUUUUUUUUGGUAUUUUUAACAACGUUUUAAAUUAUAUUUUUACAUUUUUUGAAAAAAAAAUUUUUUUGAAAAUUUUAAAAAUUUAACAGGGGGGGGGGACCAAGUUCAAGUUUUUGAAAAAUAUUUUUUAAAUAUGAUUUAACUUUCUUAAUAUUUUUCAUUUUUUAUUUAAUUUUAAGUUCCAUUUCAAAUUCCAGGCUGUCCAAAUCAAAAAGUCGCCUACAUAGGGCUCAGCGGUUCGGCUCAAACCUGUAAACCUGGCGUCCAACAACAAUGUCCCAAUGGUUAUCUAUGUGUUCGAGGCGAUGAGAACACGUUUAUUUGUUGUACAGCUGAAGACCCACUCUUACCUGGAGCCAUAACAACAACUGAGCCUACAACUACAGAGUUGAUUGAUCCAUCGACGGAAUCGACCGAAAAACCACCGGAAAAUGCGGUCGAAGGACAAUACAGUAGGCAUAACAGUCGAAGUUCGGCCGAAAUUUCGAUUUCCGUGGAGAAGCCGCGAGGUCACAUGACUUGUAGACCUGAUGAACACUUUACUAAUGGGCAGUGCGUGUACGUUUGGGGGGGGGUGGGAUGGGUAGGGGUAGGACCAGGGCUACUGUAGAUUUGAAUACUGUACCUACAGACUAUCAAAAUUAAAUUUUCAGUACCAGACGGCUAGGCGAGCCUUGUAUAACAACAGAUCAAUGCCCCAAGACCUCAGUAUGUUCCGGCUUCAUUUGUCGUUGUCCUGAUGGUACGAAACGUGCUGGUGAACUGUGUAUACCCGAUCCAGAUGACGAGGCUGAUAUUGUAGAUGAACAUGGUGAACCAUACGUUGAGCCGGCUACUAGGACCUCACAUUUGGCUACACAUAAGGCUGGUCAGAAUGGCAAUUCAAAUUUGGCGGGAACUUCAAAUUUGGCGGGAAAUUCAAAUUUUGAAAAUGGUCGAAAUUCAAACUUUGGAAUCGACCGAAACUCAAACCUCGAAAAAGGACCAACCUCCGCGACAAGUCAAACAUCCACCCCCUUCCGCCCACCCGCCCUACCUGGCCAACGCCUUCGGCCCGAAGCCUUCGAAAUCGACGAUCGUGACCGCGAACUGAAGGCCCAGAAACGGUGUAAGCACGACGAGAUCAUGCACAAAGGUCACUGUCUCAAGAAAAUGGACCUAGGCGGAGCCUGUAUAACCAAAGAUCAAUGCGUCGGGGGCGCAGCCUGCUACCGCGGCAAGUGCCGCUGCCCCGCCAACAAGGCCGGCUUCAUGGGCAAGUGCGAGGAGAACGUGUGCGGAGGAAACCAGUUCCGCCUACCCCAACUCGACCCCCAAACCUCGAGCGUCAUCCAGUGUGCUCACGACAACUCCAUCUGCCGUCAACCCUACAAAUGUCAGUUCAGCAAGGUCCUGAAGGACUACAUCUGCUGCAAGGCGGUCAUGUCCCAGAAAUGGACCGAAAACACCAUGCCCACCAUCCGCCCCAUCACCAUGGACCCCAACAUACAGACCUUCAGUACGAGAGGGCCGGCUCGUGCUCGAACGACCACGUUGAAGUUACUGCCAUUCAAUAAUGUAAAGAUACGACGCGGUAAAAGGAAAUGUCCGGAUGGUACCAUGCCACUGAUGUUCACUCACACUGAUCAACCAGUCAAAUGCACACCACAACGCGUAUGCCCCAAGGACUACUAUUGUAUGCAUUCAAUGUGCUGUCUUGGUACUCCAACUACGCCCACGUACGAGUGGGAGGACUAG